AUGAUCACCCGACAAGUUCGUGACGUCAUUGAGGAGGAGGGGGGAACGGCUUUCCCAGAACCACCGACACUUACACAGCCGCCUCUACAAGGUGUAAGUCCCACACUUCGCAAAAGGCAACCAUCCUAUAUAGCGCUGCGCGGAACCAUCUUGGCCCUCGUCGGACUUGGUGUAGUCUUGCUCAUUGUUUUAUGUGCUCGCCAAAUCGGCUCGCGUCGCCUUGCAGACAGACACACUUGGCGGCAGCUUGCCGAAUCUUCUUCAGGAGGAAGUCCCUCUGGAGACGGCGAAAAGGGAGACAGUGAACAAUGCGAAGCGGCAGCUGCAGGGGGAGUUCGGGAGACGCCAGCUGCUGCUGCAGCUGGAGAGGCGGCAGGCGCCUCGCCCGUUCCAGCUGAAGCCCCAGCGAGUGAAGGGCCCUCCUCAGAGGCAGCGCAGGCCACUGAGACGGCAGCCCCAGAGGCCCCUCCAGAGCCAUCUUCUAAGCCAGAGGAGGGCCCUGAAACUUCUGAACCUGCAGUUUUCAAGGCGCCACAAACGUCGCCUCCUAGGAAGCGAAAGGCGAAGACAAAGCAUUUGGAGCCGCAAACACCUGAGCCAACAUACGAGCCUUGGCGUGAAUGGAUGACUGGGGAGCCGCCUGUUGCUCCGCCUCAAGUCCAGCCCGUAAUGGGAGACUCUCCCCUUGUUCGCCUCUUGACAAGACGGGACCCCGUGAUAAAAUCAGCACCUCCAGGACAGAGGCCUUCUCCGGACUCGCCCGCAGAAGAGCCACGGGGACCUGCAGCGCCAGCGUCGGCUUUCCCUGGAGAGGACUCGGCAAAGCCUCAGCCGAGUCUUCCUACUCCCCAGGCAGCUGCUGGGGCUGCUGCAGAUGCUGCAGGAUCGGAGCCCGGGCCUCCCCAGGCGCCUUCUCUGCCCCCAACUCCUCCGUCGCCGGGGUCCGAAGACGAUCGGCCUCAAAAAAGAAAAGCAAAAACAAGACACUUAGAGCCGGAGCUCGUUAAACGGCAGCGCAAAGAUGCGCCAGCACCUGAACCAGAAGGUCAGCCGCCUGGUGCUGAAUUUCCUCACCUUUGGCAGGAGCAGCAAAGUAUUCUUCUGCAGCUCUUGACUAGGCCACGCCAGCCCGGCGCCCUGAGCACUAUACCAGAAGAGAGGCCCCUAGCAGAUUUCCCCCGGUCUCUCACUGGCACGUUGGAUCUUCUUGGGUCAGCUCUAUCCUUCUUGCCCACUCAAAGGCCAGUGCUGAACUUUCCGACGCCCCGGACAGCCGAUGAAAAUGCACUGGAAGGCCAAUUGUUCAAGUUGGAGGGUCUUAAGGAGGCGCUGGCCGAAGCACUGGAGGAAGCUGAAGAACUUGAAGUUGUAGGCGACGUGGAGUCCGCACUUUCGCUGUCCUGGUUUCUGGAGAAGCUAACGGCUAGACUGGAAGAUGAAAUGCAGACUGCUGGGCUGCUUCUUACAGAGGGCACUUUGCGCCUGAUGCAUGAAAAAGCAGCAUUAGUUUGGCAAUACAUGGAUUCGCUCAGAGUUGAUCUUUCAGAUGCACGUGGUUUCAUUGAUCGCUCUGCUAGAAGUGCCGAGAAAAGGCCACAUGUGGAGCCGCCACCCCUCCCAACCCCUCAAAAAGAGGUCGACGUUGGCAAGCGAGUGCUUGUCUUGAAGUUGGCGUUGAUGAGGGUGGGAAUGGCCCUGAGGGAUUACGGGUCUUCGCCUACCCCUCGUGCAAGAAAGACGCUUAGGCGGGUUAUGGAUAUGGCGAGGACUUUGCUUUCUACGACGCAUGAGUUUGUGGGCAACCUGACACAAAGAAUACAAAGGUCUGCUGCCCAGUGGAUUCUCAACUAUGCUGAGGUUUUGCAGAGUUUAGCGGCAAGCGCUGAAGAAUUGCUCGACAAGGGCCCCGAUCCAAAGGAUCCCCAACGUUUGUAA